AUGGCAUCCAACGUCGAGGGUCCGAAGGAUCACUGGUCAGCUGAAGCAUAUGCUACAUCUGCGUCCUUCGUGCACUCAGCCAAAAUCACCGGAAAGCUCCUCAGCUCCCUAGACCCCAAGCCAACAGACAAGGUCCUUGAUGUGGGCUGCGGCGAUGGAAAGUUCACAGCAAAUUUCCUUCCUGCUAUCGACUCCGUCUUGGGCAUCGAUUCAUCCGCAUCGAUGAUCCAGUCAGCCAACAAAGACUACGCAGGUCCUAAGGCCAGCUUCCGCGUUGUGGAUUGCAGAUACCUGGAGAAGGAAACCUCCAUUGUGAAUGGAUCAUGGGAUAAAGUGAUCUCUAACGCAGCCCUCCACUGGAUCUUGCGCGAUGAGUCAACGCGUAUGUCAACUCUCCGCGCAAUCCAUGGAUGUCUGAAGUCUGGCGGGUCAUAUGUGUUCGAGAUGGGCGGCCAUGGUAAUGUUGCCGAGACUAAGACGGCGCUUGUGUACGCACUGGUGCAACAGGGUAUCCCUAUCGAACAGGCGAGAGAGGCAAGCCCUUGGUUUUUCCCGUCUGAUACUUGGAUGAGAAAUGCCUUGGAAGAGGUUGGGUUCCAGGUUGAGAAUGUUGAGCUUGAAUAUCGCCCAACAAAGCUCACCAGCGAUGCGAAGGGAGGUCUAGAGGGAUGGGUUAGACUAAUGGGAGCCCAGUUCCUAGAUGUCCUCCCAGAAGAGAAGCGCGAUGCUACGGUUCAGCAGAUUUGUGGUGUGCUUCAGGAUGUGGUGACUCGUGGUGAGGAUGGUAGCCAGUGGCUAGGGUAUGUGCGACUAAGGGGUAUCGCAAAGAAGAUCUAA